ACUGACGUCCAAGCGGAUAAAAAUAAUGUGCCUAUACCACCAGUCCGUAAAGCUAAAUUAGCGCGUUUACAGAGAUCAUUAUCGGAGGGACCUACAGCAUCAUCGAUUGGAUCAAAAACUCCACCACCCAGAACACACAGCGUCAACAUGGAGUCAGAAAGCACAGAAUCAGAUUUUUCAGAUUUCGAUCAUAGUCUUUUUUCGCAGAGAAAUCUGAGUUCUCCCCCCUUGAAACACAACACAGAUAAAUCAGAACAAUUUGAUAUUAUUCCACAAGAUGGACGGGGCCAAAAUAUCGUUUAUUCUUUCCACGGAGAAGGGGAGCAAAAAACUAAUAAUCCACAAAGGAAACAUCGACAGUAUAUUGUCAAUCCUGACGACAGUGAUUCUGCUCCGGGACUUUCCAGGAAUUAUUAUCCUAUGGAUAAAGGUUCGUCUAUCAUGCAAAAUGCGAACUUAACUACCGAUUCUAGUUCCUACGAAAGCACGACGGACACCGAAUCUGAAAUAGCGUCUCCGGUUCGCGACACUAUAUAUGGAUUACGUUAUCGGAAGUUUCACAGUAGGGAUAACGCGGACUAUAAAAGUGACGAGGAUGGAUUAUCCGAUGUUGAAACGGUCGAACAAUUAAUGCUUCAUAGAUUGCCAGGAGAAAAUCUGGGAAUGAUAUUAGGGGUUGAGGCCGGAAAAAAGGGGUCUAGUAGAGUGCAAAAGGUUAUUGUUAAAAGUGUUACUUUAGGGGGUGCUGCUUAUCGAGCCACAGGAGGUUCACGGGGAAUCCGGGUCCGAGACGAAAUUCUGGAAGUGAAUGGUAAAGUCCUUGCUGAUUUAACUCAUGACGAAUGUGUAACAGUGUUUCACGAGAUGCCGUUACGCGUUGUGUUAUCCGUUAAACUACACACCAUGCCUAAACAAUCCCAGCAUGCAUUUCACGAGAGGUUGGGACCGUUGACUAGCUGGCCGCGAUAUAACGGAUACAGAUCAUCAGAAAUGUCAGAUACAGAGAGUGAAAGUGAACAGCCGUCAGGGUUUAAGUUACGGGAUAUUGUCAUACACAAGACGAGUAAAGAGAAUCUAGGAAUCAGUAUCGUACCAAGUUACGGAUCAACAAGAGAAUAUUACCAGGUAAAAAGAUUGCUACCAAGUGGUGUAUGUGCUCGUGAUCGUGAAGUACAUGUAGGAGACCGACUAGUGGCUUGUAAUGGUCAAACUUUAAAAGGUGUCACUCAAAAUGAAUGUUUGAAUAUUCUGAAAACGGCAGGAAAUGAUUUGACUUUGACAGUUUUAAGUCAAGUGCCUCGUGAAAGUUUAAAUAUGGAUUUUAACCUCGAUGGUAGAGAGUCGACGGCCAGCCUUGAAACAAAUAAUAACGUAGCAAACGGGGACGAUUUAAAGCAGAAGUCAGAUCACGGGUUCUCUAGUUCAAAAUCAAACGCGAAUGUUGUGUUUGCCCAGAAAAAUGUGAAAUUAACGUACAGUCAACCUUUUGUAACAAACCACGAUGACUCCUUGAAUUCAAGUAAUUCGUCUUCUGCUCUUAAUAACACAGGGUCAGCGAUUGGUCAAUAUGAUCAGCAUAUUCUCGAUUUAACAGGUGGAACAAAUACGCGAUUAAAACAUGACAUGGAUUCGUUUACAGAUGGAAAUUUUUUGAUCGGUGCCAACAGCUCAUUCGUAAGUUCCACCAUGGAUAUUCCACCACCUGCGGAGUUUUCGGAUGAUCCUCUUUCGCAAGGAGAGAGCGAAACCAGCACGUUGAACAAUUCGGGUGAAAUUAAUGUUCCUGUGACAAACAUUGACGAUUUAUUGAACUCUUCAACAAGUACACCCAUUCAUACUGCCGUGGCCUCCAGCAAUAAUUUCGAUAAACAUUUUCCAGAAAAUGAUGAAUUAUUGAUAAUUGAAACAAAUGAACCAAACAAUUCAGGUGUCAGAGGUGAGCAAGUUGUAAGGUCUGGCAAUGUUCCGUCUGCCGGUGUGAGGAACGUUGGAAAUUAUGUGAACAGUGGAAAUACUUUGCAGACGGAAAGUGAAACCUCUCCUUGUGGUAAACCGUUGGACUUCCAAACUCGUGUAUCUAAUGUAAUUGAAGACGGGAAACAAACAACGUUAUUUGAUGUUGGAGUAAAAUCUGUUUCUCAAGUUCAACAGACGUGUAAGAGUGUCAAUAUUGACGACUUCUUAUCUCCAGAUUCAACAAAUAAGGUGGUAGAAACGGCAUCAAAGUACAGGUCAUCGAAGGACACAUCCACGAGAAAUGAUAAUCAGUUUGUCAGUCAUGGUCGAAAUUUUUCUGCUGUUGAUAAUACGAUUAAAACAAAACAACAAGAACAGACCCCCAUUCAUCAAAUACAGUCGUCUGCUAAUAAUGUCACAACAGUGCAAGUUGGAUUUAUCUCCCUUGAACAAGAAACUUUGAUAGAUGAAGGAUUAGUAACUAAAGUACCUGUUGUCAAUGAAAAUUUAUUUAAAAAAAGGGAUUCGCAGCCAAUUGAAAAUCAGGUGACAAAUAUUGUUGUGAACGAGGCACCAAGAAUAACAAGAGUCGACGUCGGUUACGAACAUUCAAGCAAUUUACAGAAACAUCAGAGACCUACAAAACUUCCGGGUUCCACUUUGUUUAAUGUUGAUGGCGAUGCUAAAGAUAGUAACACCGCUCAUAUAACUUUCGAUAACCAAUCAGAUUCUCCUAAAUUAUCCCCAGUUGCAUCACCAAGGCGACAUCUUCCUAAGUCAGAUUUUAAAAAUGUCUCACAUGGUGUUGAAACGGAUUUUGGAAAACUUAAAACGCCAACCACUGCAGCUCCACCAAAACCUGUCCCUAGACGAUCACAUCCUCCUAACAAAAACAACAAUACAGAGUUGUCACCAUCUUUGAACAGAGCAUCGCUUGUUCCGGCGGCCCAACCAAACGCCACCAUUUUGAUUGAUUCUGGCCAGCCGGAACAAUUAAACAAUGUCCAAUCAGAUGCAAGGACAGCAGAAUCAACGAAUGUACAGCCAGUCAUGGCUGUGCAUAAGAAAUCAACAACAAUUGAAGUGCAAUCGAAACCCCAGCGACCCAAAACAUCGAAAGCUGACCGAAGUGAUCGUAGUGAUAGAAUAAACGUGACAACAUACCAGAAUGUUCCGGUCAAGCUAGCGAGACCAGCUGACGAAGAGGAGACAAUUCAACCAAUGGCAUUUGUUCAGGAUGAACUAGGAAAUCGUAGUUGUGUCGCAACCCCACCAAGAACACCACAAAAACAGAAACACAAAGAUCAAAACGCGAAAAAUGAUUUGUCAGAAAUUCUUCUCCAAUUAGUAAAUGUAGGCUCUGGUGCAGACAGUGCUAAAUCUGAAACUUCUUCAGAAUCUGCAUCCAUUGUUGACGAGAGUCCAAUCGAGCGCAAAAAAGUGUCUCGAGAAACUGUUGAAGCUGUUUUAGGUGCCUUUUCUAAAAUCAUACCUAGCCUUGACAAAGACCAACCCAAAAAGUCAAUAUUUCAGAAAGCCGUUUCUGACAUUAUUGACGAUAUUGAUGAGAAACAAGAGAGCGAAGAGACACAAAGAAAAUCAGAUUUAAACACACCUGUAUUGACCAAUCAGCAGCCUGUUGUCACUUUGCAUAAAAGAUCAACAACAAUUGAAGUUCAGUCAAAACCACCACGUCCCAAAACAUCAAAAGCCGACCGAAGUGAUCGUAGUGAUAGAAUAAACGUGACAACAUACCAGGAUGUUCCGGUCAAGCUAGCGAGACCAGCUGACGAAGAGGAGACAAUUCAACCAAUGGCAUUUGUUCAGGAUGAACUAGGAAAUCGUAGUUGUGUCGCAACCCCACCAAGAACACCACAAAAACAGAAACACAAAGAUCAAAACGCAAAAAAUGAUUUAUCAGAAAUUCUUCUCCAAUUAGUAAAUGUAGGCUCUGGUGCAGACAGUGCUAAAUCUGAAACUUCUUCAGAAUCUGCAUCCAUUGUUGACGAGAGUCCAAUCGAGCGGCAAAAAGUGUCUCGAGAAACUGUUGAAGCUGUUUUAGGUGCCUUUUCUAAAAUCAUACCUAGCCUGGAUAAAGCCCAACCCAAGAAGUCAAUGUUUCAAAAGGCUGUUUCUGAAGUUAUUGACGACAUUGAGGAUUCUGACAGGGAAGAUAACUCUAAUGUGCAUGAAAAUAUGAGUGUUAAAUCAUUAGUUAGUGAUACCGUAGAUCACGUCAAAAGUGAAACGAUUUCUGAUCGGAGAAAUAUGAACAGACAUCAAAACCAACCUCGUCAAAAUGCAUCGGAUCAGUCGAGUAGUGUUAAAAUUGAUUCCAAACAUUUAAUUAAAAAUGAUUCAGAAAAUAUAACUCGCCAACGUGCAACAUUUACAAAAUCAGAACAAUCUAUAAAAACAUUAUCAGAAAAUACAAUCGCCGAAAAAACAAAUUUACCAAAUCUACGCCAACAUCAAAAAUCAACUGUUGUAACUGAAUCACAAACAACAAGUGUUGCUCAAAAACCUGUAUCAUUGAAUCUGAAAAAUCAAUCUUCAGUUAAAACAGAUUCAAUUAGAACAGAUCCUGUUAGAACAGAUCCAAUUAGAACAGAUCCUGUUAGAACAGUUCCCGAUACAACAGAUUCUUGUAGAACGGAUUCCGAAAAACCAAUCACGAAGAAACCACUAUCUUUAAAUAUUAAACAAACAUCACCUAAGAAAUUCUCAACAUCCCCUCAUGUAACAACCAUUAGGACUCAGCCGGGAUCUUACUCGACUAUCAAAACUUCAUUAACGUCAUUCUCGUCUAAGACCCCUAAAGCUGAUUAUCCCAAGAGACGCACUGAUGAUGGCCCGUUUCAGAUCGAUGUGUUGAAAGGAAUAGCAGGACUGGGAAUUAAACUGUCUGUUGGUCAAGAUGGUCUGGCCAAGGUCACGAAUAUACAAACAACCGGACCAGUUGCCAAGAACGGCCAAAUGAGAGUUGGUGAUUAUGUUCUGUCCAUUAAUUCAACAGUUUUAACCGGCCAAUCAGAUAAUAGAGUACAACAGAUAUUACGUCUUCUGCCUCGGGGAUUAUCAAAACUUGUCAUUUCUACAAAACCACCGGAUGUUACUACUGAUAAAACUGGUCCGUUAACAAUUGACACUGAUACAACACUAGACGAUAGUAUGGAGCUUUCACCAGGAUCUCCUGCAAACACUGGAUUUACUAAAUAUGGUGUUCGUCUUUCCCCUAAACCAUUCUCAAGUCUUGGAGCACAAAGUUCUCCAACAACUGCCAAGUCUUUUGCAGAAGGAUUAGCUGUGAUAAAAGAGGGUAAAUUCUCGCCUGUGGCGGCACCAACGUAUCGUAAAGUUUCGAUAGAUAAACAAUCUGAAACUCAUGUGGAAUUUCCCUUCGAUAAGAAUGCCCCUGAUGCCCCGUCAACCCCUGCUACUAACGGAACCACUAAUGGUGCUUCCAUUUCUAACACACCGGGAGAAAAUAUUGACUCUGUGAAAAAGGUUAAUACUGACAUACUUUCAUCCAGUGCUAAAAACGGGCAUGAGGAAGAAAUCGCAAUUAAGACUGAUUUAUCAUCUGCAGACAGUACACCCAGUCUUUCACCUCGGUCACCAAGGUUGGAUGAAACAGAUUCAAAGCCAAGAGUCUCUCCCAAAACUUCUCCUAGGCAAGAAACCACAAAAGUUCAUGCUACCCAAAUUUUUGUGGGCAAGGAAUCCAAAGAAUCCAAACUUGGAAUCGAUAUACCUAAAUCAAGAGCCGAGAGUAAAAUUAUUGCUGCAACUUGGGGGAAAGAAAUAGAUGAAGACACUCUUCCUCAAUCUGUGAAAAGUCCACCUCCAGUGGCACCUAAACCUAAAUUACGAGCUCCUAAACCUGUCCCUGAAGUUCCCCAAGAGUCUGCAGUUUCAACACGACAGAAAGAGAAAUCACCUGGUGCUGAAACACUCAAACUAACAGACAAGUUGAAAAAGUUUGAAACUGAAAUUCAAAGACAGACCGAUUUAGCCAAACCUGCUGCUCCACCAAUUACAUCACGUAGAACCUCUUCCAGUUCUGAACACUCCACAGCUUCCAUAAGAUCAACUUCUCCCGAUCGGGAUGUCUUCUUUCAAGAUGAACGCAAAGCCCCUGAAGUUAAAUCACGAUCUUAUGCACAGGAUAAACAUUCUCCACACAUGGUUUUCACGACAACCGUAUCAAAUAAGGGAGAUUUAGCCACAGAUCAGAACCGUGCCUAUUCUAUGAAGAUUGCCAACACAGACAACACAACUGAGAUAACAAGGACGGAAAUUAGGAAACAAUCUGUAGAAGAAAAUCUGUCCGCCCCCAGGAGAAGAACAUCUUCAUCCACCCAAUCACCAUUAUCCCCCAGUAGCCCAUUUUUCCAAGACCUUUCAGAAAAACCUGCCAAAAUCAAUCCUGUUAAGUUGAACAGGGCUCUAGCUCCCAAAGGCAGUCCUCAAAAUCAGAAUGUUGAAAUCAAAUCAACAGUAAAAUUAACAGCUCCCUCAUAUCUCCCAUCCGAAUCUAAGGGCAAGAAACCAAGUCAGCAAUCAUGGUUCGCAGGUAAGGAGUCCUCCAGUAGCAUGUCCAAUGUUGAAUGUACGUCUUCACCGUCUAAUGUUGUAAGCACAAAACCACACCUUGUUUACCAAUCACCUGGUAAACCUUCGCAAUCUCUCACUUCACCAAAACAAAGCACUAAAUCACCAGAACUUGUCUCCGGCACUAAGUCAGAUUUGGACAAUUUGCUCUCAAAAGAAUCACCUUCUUCGUCUGAAAUGAAGGUUGAAUAUGUCAGCCCUAAAUCUAAAUCUACCGAUGAAGAAAAAAGGAAGUCACUAACUGACCAGUUUGACAGCCUCUUGAAUCUGGAUUCUGGUAACCAAGAUGGUAUAGUUGCUGCUACUGUUGUGCAUAUUGAACCAAAAACCAAAAUUGUUUCCGAACCAGAAUAUUCCCAGCAGGUCACUGAGAAAGAAUCACUGAUCGAUAACAACACACCAGUGAUCCUUGAUGAUAUCCAAGUUGAAAAAGUAGUGAUGGUUGAGUCAUCACCACCAGAAAAUCAAGAAGAUGCAUCAAAGGUUCAAGAUGAAACUAACCAAGAAGCAGCAGCAACAGAGAUGCAACAGCUUCACUCUGAAAAAGCUGGUGAUAAAGAACCUGGUCAUGGAGAUGUUUUGGAGAAUAAAGAUGUGGAAAGUUCACUCGUUGAUUAUCAAUCUGCUGAGGAGGGAGAUGAAGUGAAUGAGGAUCAGAACCUUCUGUCAGAAAGUGUGGUGGAACCUUUUGCAGCUGCUCUGGUAGAAAAAGUAAUCGAUAGUGCUAAAGACUCUUUUUUGACUUCAUUGGCAAAUGGAGAAAUCCAGUCAGAGGAGAAUGGUAUUUCAGAAGAAGUUGGAAAUAAGGAAACUAUAGAAUGUAAUCAUGAAAUGGAAAUUGUUGACAGGGAAGUCGAAGAAUCUUUUUCUCCUGUUUCUGCCGAAGUGAAUCAAAGCAAACCAGAUAUUAUUAAUGAUGUUGUUGAUGGUGGUCAAUGCCCAUCUGAAUUGUCAAACAAUCUUCAAAAUGAUCAUAUUAUUGUUCAGAACAACAUAUCAGUCCCUGAAACUGCCGACAGCGAGAAAUCUCCCUCUCCUCCCCCAUUACCUGAUGCCCCUCCUCCACCACUUCCCUCCUCCCCUCCCCCGCCAAUGAUGUCAAUUCCUCCUCCUGUAUCAAUGAUGGGAAGCAUUGAAGACCCCCCAGAUUUAGUUGAAUUUAUGUCAAAUGAUUUAAUCCCAACAUUGAAGAUGGACGAUUUACCAAAACCAGAUCUGGUUACUGAUAAUUCUUUCAUGCAAGAAGAAGAAGAAAUUGAAAUAGAGACUGUAACGAAUGUGUCGUCUGUUCCUAAUAUGAUUGGAGUAAUCUCCCCUGAUAAAUUACCCGACAAUCAAAGUGCAAUAACCGUAAACAAUGAAAUUGAAAGUAGUUCUGUGAUCCGUGUCGAUAAAAAUGAAUACCAGAAAAAUGUGAACGGUUUUGAUAAUAACGAAACUAUAAACAGUAAUGUUGAUACCUUAGUUGCCACGGAAACUAUGAGUAGCAAUACUGAUACUCUUGUUACCACAGAAACCGAAGGUAGCAGCGUUGAUCCUUUGGAUUUUGUGGAAAAUAAUUAUAUGUCAAAUUCUGCAUGUGCACCUGAGCAUGAAGAUCUAAGUGUUGUAUCAGCCUACGACACCAUGGGGGCCGCCGAUCAACGCGUCACAAAAAAUUCUGCCAUUAAUGUUGAUAUCACAAAUGACUCUGUUAGCACCAAUGUAAAUAAUGUUCAGAUCGAUGGCAAAAACGAUUUAUUAGACUCAAAUGAAAAUUUAUUUUCUGCUAAGCCUGUAGUUGUCUCCCCUGUUUCGGAAAGGCAGAGCAACAUGUCAGAUAUAUCAAAUAUAACAAAUAACUCUACUACUUCAUCCAAUCAGGUUUCAAGUUUCCAGCAAUCAUUGCCCAGUACUGACCAAAACAACGAAGAAUCAGCCAAAAUAUUUUCAUCGACUCCAGCACGAGGUCAAGGAACACAGCAGUUAGUGACAAAGAAUAUCGAUAUCGAUAGCUCGAUUAAAUCUGACACUUCAAAUGUAAGCACGCUACUAGAUACCAGUGAAUACGUAAAUAUAUCAAUAACGAGCAACGGACCCAAUAUAACCAACGAGGCUUUCAAAGUAUCAUCAAGUAAAAGAGACUGGUCGUUCUUAUCAAACGAUAAAGAUUCUAGUGUUCUAGAAGGUAAAGCCAACACUUCCUUCGAGUUUCUCGAUUUUUCGAACAUUUCUCUGAUUGAACCAGAGGAACUGAAAAGACUGGUUGAUCUAGCCAAUCAAACGAUGGAUAAAACAGGGGGCUCAAUCCACGAUCAAAUUAUUGUAGCUCUAUUACAUCGAAACCAACCAACAGAUAAAGUUGGAUUAGAAUUGAAGAAAGGAUCACAUGGCAAGAUUCUCGUAUCAGGAUUAAGUGAAGAUGGUUUAGCAAGCGUUGAUGGUAAAGUACAUGUAUUAGAUUGUUUAUUAUCUGUGAAUGGUAAAUCUGUAGAUGAUAGAACUAUACAAGAUAUACAACAAGCUUUAGAAACACCAUGUCUAACAGUUGUACUAGUACUGUCCAGGGGAGAUAACUCCAAACACUUGUCUUUAAACAUUUCUAAAGAUUCUGAACCUGUUAAAACAUCCACUAUUCCGAUGACCCCAACUACGCCCACCACACCAUCUUAUAGUGCAGCAAAUUACGCUGAUUACGCAACAGGUGAACCAGUAGAGGUUGUCAUGACGAAAGGUGUAACAGGAGUAGGGUUCUGUCUUGAAGGUGGAAUCGGAUCACCAAGAGGAGAUAUGCCAAUAAUAAUCAAAAGGAUCUUUAAAGGUGGACCAGCAGAGAAAUGUGGACAGCUUCAAGUACGAGAUCAGAUUCUACAAGUUAACGACAUGGAUUUUAGAGCGAUGCGACAUUACGAGGCAUGGAAUCAUCUCAAGUUUCUACCUGACGGCGAAGUUAAACUGACCAUACGCAGAAACACGAACUUAACGUCAACACCAACCGAAUAAAUUUCGCUUUAUAACAUAAUCUGCAUAAUGUGUUCAAAAAUAUAUUCCUAGUAUAUUUUGUUAAUGUUGACUCUUUUACGAAUUAGAUCAAAUAGGUUAUGUUAAAGCUGCCAAGUUGUCAUUUGCAUUCUUGUUCAGACAAUCUUCAACAUUUCAUGGCUUAAUCUACGUUCAAAAUUGAUUAAGAAAACAAAAACAACAGUCUUUUAUUUUUAUAAACGAUAUUUAUUCAGAAACUUAAGGGAUUAGGGAACAGGCAAAUCCUAUAUAAACCCCUCUCCCAGUUACAAAUAAAUUACACAAUAUUACAAUAAUUCUCCCAGCUUGGAUUCAGUCAGAUUUUCCAACUUCGUGUGUUUUCUCCGGGUCCUCCGGUUUCCUCCCACUGCUAAAGACCUCUAUGCGCAAGUGAAUUAUUGAAAUAAAAUUAAAGCAUAUGUUAGUCCCAAAAUGACUUAGUUUCUCUCUCUCUCUUAAUCAGAUUUAAAAUGAGACAUGGCUGAACAGAAUUGAGAUAUCUUGGACUACUAUUCCUAAUAGAGUUUCAACUUUCACAGUAUUGUAGUUGACAAGAGAAUAAACAUCCCACAAAUAACGAUCAACAGCAUAAAUUAUAUCCAUGAUGGAUUCUGCUUGUUGGCUGAUUAGGAGGGAUAAAGAAUUGGUUCUUGUUCUGAGAAGGAUAUCGACCUAUUAAUAUAUUUAUCCAUGAUUUAAUGAAGAGAAUUGAUCGUUGGUAUCUAUGGAUUUAACGAAGAGAAUUGAUCAAUUAUAUAGGAGUGGUGAAAAAUGGAAGAUUAUACGGUCCUCUUACUUGAUUUUUGUUGAUUUAACAAACAGAAUUGAUCAUUUUGUAUUAAAGAUUAAGCCUAGUUGUGUUUGUGAAUUAUUAGUGAAGUAUGAAGAAAGUAAAUUUUCUUGUUGACUUAGUAAUUAAUAUUUUUUUCUACUGAAAUAGGA